CAGAAAUUUCAUCUAAAAAUAAUUUUCCAAACUGUGCUUCCAAGAAUCAAAGAUUUGCAUCUGUCAGAACUCCAAAUUUUCCCUCUUUUACAUUUCUUCUUUUUUUCUUUUUUUUUUUUUCAGCCUAGGAGGGCUGAGAGAGCCAUGUGGAAUUUGUUAACGUUGAUCUUUGCUAGUGGAGAUCUCUUCCCAAUCCAAAAUGCAGUCUGUUUCCCGACUCCUGCUGCUCCUAUGAUGCCCUUAGCUCCAUGACUUUAUAAACCAUAUAUGAGUUGGCAAAUUCAAUGUAAACCACAUCUUCCACUGUGGUGAUAUAUGCUGCCUCACUGCUUCUGUGCCCUGAAAACCUCAUGUGUCAAUACCUGAAAGCUGACCCUGGUUUACUACCAUGCUUUGCUUGUUCUUUUUUGCAACCAGGUCUGCACGCGGUGGUGAGCAAAGAAAAAAAAACGUAGCACUAUCUCCCAUUUGAUGCUCAGAGCCACAACAUCUCAUCUGGCUGCCUUUCUGCAGGCGAUAAGUCAGACCACGAGCAGCUGGUCCUUCAAGUUUUGCUCUGUUCUGCAGUAAAACAAGGGAAGGCCUGCCCCAAAAAAACAGCCUCCCCAGCCUGGCUGCUUGUACAACCAGAUGUCUGCCUUUUAGUCAUCGCUAUCCUCCAGGAGGAAUUAAUUCUCAAUCGCAACAAGAACUGCUUUUGCCACCCAGGCAGUGCUCACCACAAACGCAGGGCAGCAGCUCCGGAGCCUUCCAGCCCUGUUUGCUUUCCGGGCGUGAGUGCAAAACGAGGCAGACUGGAAAGGUACGUUUGGCAGCUUUUCUGCAGGAGGUAAAACCCUACCUGCUGCCCCAGCUGCUAUGGGGAGGGCACAGAGGGCUGGUGCUGAGCCCCUUGGGGUGCAGUGAGGGAGAAGGGCUGGCGGUGUCCUGCUGGGAAGGUGCCCGGAGGAGGAGUCUGUGCUGGAGGAGGGCGCAGGGGAUGCGGAGGCAGGUGCACAGCGGGACGCAGCCACGGCCUGCAACUGGAGGAGCCCCGCAGGAUGAGUAAUGCCACCCGUGCUUGGCCCUCUCCUGCGGCACCCAGCUCCCCAGGGCCGGGCACAGCUGCCAGGCUGGCCUCCGCCACCCCAUCCCCAGCCCUAACCCUGCUCACAGCUGCCCACAACGACUCCCAGGAUGGCCAGCAGCUCUUCCUGACCACAACAACAGCACGGGUCAUCUCCGGCAUCUUCGUGUGGUCGGCGCUCAUCGUCACCUUCCACCAGAUCUACAUGCACCUGAGGAACUACACCAUCCCCAAGGAGCAGCGCUACAUCAUCCGCAUCCUUUUCAUCGUGCCCAUCUAUGCCUUUGACUCGUGGCUCAGCCUCCUGCUCCUUGGCAGCCACCAGUACUAUGUCUACUUCGACUCAGUGCGUGACUGCUAUGAGGCUUUCGUGAUCUACAGCUUCCUGAGCCUGUGCUUUGAGUACCUCGGUGGGGAAAGCACCAUCAUGACUGAGAUCCGAGGGAAACCCAUUGCGUCUAGCUGCUUGUACGGGACCUGCUGCCUUCAGGGCAUGUCCUACUCCAUUGGGUUCCUGCGCUUCUGCAAGCAGGCCACGCUUCAGUUCUGCAUUGUGAAACCCCUCAUGGCAAUUGUCACCAUCAUCCUGCAGGCGUUUGGGAAGUACCACGACGGGGACUUCAAUGUCCGAAGCGGCUAUCUCUACAUCACCAUCAUCUACAACUUCUCUGUCAGCCUGGCUCUUUAUGCCCUCUUCCUCUUCUACUUCGCCACCAUGGACCUGCUGCGCCCUUUUGAGCCGGUCCUCAAGUUUAUCACCAUCAAGGCUGUCAUCUUCCUCUCCUUCUGGCAAGGGACACUGCUGGCAAUCCUAGAGAAAUGCGGGGUGAUCCCCGAAGUUCAGAUCAUUGACGGGAAGGAGGUGGGAGCUGGGACAGUGGCUGCUGGAUACCAGAACUUCAUCAUCUGCAUUGAGAUGCUCUUUGCUUCCAUUGCUCUGCGCUAUGCUUUUAGCUGCCAGGUGUACAGAGAGAAGAAAGAAAACUCAACAGCAAACGUUGCCCCGAUGCAGAGCAUCUCGAGCGGACUGAAGGAGACGAUGAGCCCACAGGACAUUGUGCAGGAUGCCAUCCACAACUUCUCGCCCACCUACCAGCAGUACACCCAGCAGGCCAUGCAGGAGGCAGAGCGCAAGGCGCCAGGCGAGAACGGGCACGUGGCCUGCAGGGCAGAGGGAGCAGGAGGCAAGAAGAGCAAAAACAUCGAGAAGAGAGUGCUGAUCCUGUCGGAUGAGGAGCUGUAGAAGUUAUCCGAGGGGACACAGGCAUUGGAGAGGCUUAAAUGCAAGGAAGGGGGGACUCUUGAGGCUGUGACAACCUGGUCAUGUUGGCAUGCUGGAAGGAGGAGAGCCAGGAACUCUACUCAUAAAGCCAGUCCCUAAAAGGGAAGAUGCAAUAACCAGGGAAAGGUUAAAGUAGUGCCAGCUUCUGACUCGUCUCCGAGGUGUUAGGGACUGUGCUGUUUGCUUCACUGCCAGUCUGGGUGCCAGCCCUGUGCCCAGACCCCUGCUGGGUUCCCAGUGAGCCAGGACCACCCCUGUGCCGUUGGACAGACUGGCCUCCUCACCCUGCUCUCACCUGCAAACAGCACCGAGGCCUGACAAAAAUGCUUUUCUCAGCACAGUUCUGCUCCAGUUUCUCCUGAUUUGGGUAAAAAAUGAUCUCCAGGGCCCUGUGGAGAAAAGCAGUGCAGGAAGGUGACUUCAAUUCACCUCAAAACCUGGUAACAUUUGAAAGACAUCAUGCCUUAUUUUUAUGUUUUCCUCUCUACUUCCCCUCAAAAAGCCCACAGAGUUGUGCAGGAGCCCUUUACCAGGAAGAAGAGCAGCUCAUCCUCCUUGGCCUCCAGAUGGGGUUGCAGCUGCCGGACCAGAUCUCCUGGGAUGAGCAGUGGGACCUCUCCUGGACCUCACCGCACGGUCCUGCAGCUGCAUUCCCGAAAGCUGCAGUGACAGAGGAGCUUGUUUAUAUCUGAACCCAUUUAUCUGCAAGCAGAUCAGGAGUUAAAAGGGAUUCCAGCUUUCUUAUCAGAGCCAUUAUUAGGGAACCAGACUGUGACUGGUGGUGGUAGGAAUGCACCGACUGGGAACUGUCUGUUCCUCCUAACUCCUCUCCAUCCCCUGUUCCUACCCUGCAUGCAAGAAGCAAGUGCUGCAAGACCAGAAUCAGCGGACGCUGGAGGCCCUGUGGGGCUCAGCAGCAUGAGGGCUGUGUGAGCCACUUCCCAAAGCACCACAGCAUCCCACAAAUCCAUCACCCUGCCUAGGCUCUGAGAAGGCACGUGGGGCUGAGCCCGACAGAUUUUCUCUGUCCUUCUGCUAAACUUCCUCUCCAGUUUUAUUUUCUCCUAUUUCUGUUCCCCUGCUGUUAAUCAGAUGAUCCCUUAGGGAACUUCUUUGGGCACCAGCUAGCUGUUGGUUGGGGUGGGAGCUGGGCAGUGGAAGGACAAGGGCAAGUCUGGAGCCUUUGAUUUGCAGUCACAUGGCAAACAAGCCUACGGGUGAGGCUUAUAGCUGUUUUACAGCUCCUAGUGUUGUUUUAUUCCCUGCUCUCGAGCUGCAAAGUGUAAAUUGCAAGAGGAAAUUAUUUAUGGUUUUCUUUUUUUUUUUUUCUAAUAAACAGCAAUUUCUACCAUGGGCUGAAUGAGCGUUUUCACUUAGCUCAGCGAGCAGAGCCCACACUCUGCCCGCUCCUGCUCUAAUGCUGAUGCUCUUAAGCUGCACGUCCUCCCUGCCCCUUGGUGCUGGCCCAGCAGAAAUACCUGCACACACAGCAUCCUCCACACUCCGACGUUCCCACAGGGCUCGCGCUCAUCUCCCUCCCUGCUUGUGGAGUUUGUCCCCCCCGUGCACUGCACCUCCUCCAAAGCUGUGGAUGCAGCAGUUCCGAGCUGCUGGGUCCUCUGCAGCCGAGCCAAGCCCAGUAGCAACAACACAAAUCUAUGUGUUAUUAUCAGAAGUAUCUUAUCAUGCUGGAAACGUGGAGUCAACACAGGCAGGCUAUGGCUGAGCCAGUCUUGUAAGCUCUCCGCUCUGCAGAUCUGCUGCCUGUACCUGCCCAGCCCGUGAGGUCGCCUUGUUUUGUGUCAGCCGGCCUGUAAACAAGAGCCAAGCAAUUGGCACAUCCAGGGAGCUGCCACCAACAAGGCUUGACAUGGGCACAAGCCUGAUAGGAAAGCAGGGCUACAUCUCAGCAAACAACUCCAUCUUCUGAGCCCCUCUGUGCCGCAGCUGCGGGGACGGAGGCUGCUUCACCCCCUGGUGAGGACAGACUGCGAGGUGAUGAUGGGGCAUCUGGCAGCGUGCUCACGGGAUGCAGACUGGCAUAAGAACACAGCAAGAAGCGCGGCUGUACUUCACUGAACAAAUGAUCAACUCCAGCACAUAAUGGGCUGCAUUCAUUGCUCUUGCCAGCAGGUGCAAUUCCCACUGCAGACGGUAACAACUGCCUAUUUAUGUCAAGUCCUGAUUACUGUAUUAUAUGUUAAACAGGUCUUUCUCACAAGCAAAACAUGGAAGAAAAAAAAAAAAGCACCAAACCAGCUGUGAGGCACCCAAGCCUGCAGAACGAUGCUGGCCCUGCAUCCCCUACUCCAUGCCCAGGAGCUGGGUGAGGAGGCAGCCAGCCCCACCUGUAGCACCCAGUGACCACCGCACAUCACCGUCCCACUGCUCAGCCAUACACUGCCCCACUUCUGUCAUUGGCCACAUCCAUGCGACACGCUGCCUUGGCCCAGCGCAGGGCACGUUUCCCCCUUUAGCUGCCCCUAAAAACAAGGGCUGCCCAUGGUAGGGGAUCAAAGCCCAGGUGGCUCCCAGCUCUCCCAUUGCUUUAUAGCUUGGAUGAACCGAUAGGGAAAAAGAGAACGAUGAAAUAUCAAUCGAAGGAGUUAAAGCUGUUUAUUCACCAGCAGUUGCACAGGAAGCACUGAAGGAUUAUUUCAUAACUCCACGGCGAGGGGAGCGGCUCCCUCCAGCACCGUGACCUGUUUCACAGCACAAGGUCUCCAAGCCAAGUCCCACGGGGCGCUCCCAGCACCGCCACCGCGGCAGCUCCCACGUGCUCUGGGCAGAGAGCACAAACACACACCAGGAAACACGAUAAGCGUGAGCCCUGUGGGAGCAGCAGCUUGGACCAGAGCACGGCCCAAACGCAUGGGAACAGCAGCACAGAGGGGCUGGAAGGUGGUUGAACUCAGCCACGUGCUGGAGCAUCAACACUCAGCCUGCAUCCCAAAACCACUGCAGCCAGCUGCUCAGGUGAUGAGCAAGGAAAACGCCCCUGAAAAUCAAUGUGAGCUCCAAAACGCUGACCAUACACCAGGGCAAGUCUGAAACCAGAAAAUGCUUUAUUGGAAAGGUACAAAAAAACCAGUCACUGCAGCUAAAUUUACAGCAAUAAAUUACGUUGUGGCUGUCAAGAGAAAGUAAUGGACACAUACACAGGGCUACUCGCCUUACAAACAGGAAUCCACAUUGCUUGGUAUAUCAAUAAUUUAUUUUAUAAUAAAAAAGCAGCACAAAAAUAAAUAUUGAAAUGAAAUUACUGAGUAACCACAGAGGAUAGAAUGAGCUGGUGAUAAAAAAAAAAAAAAAAA